UAGUAACCGGUGUGUACACAACAUGGCGGCCGGCACCAGGGCAGCACGGUGAAGUAAACGCUGAGCCGCAGUGUGGGUGAGGGACAUGGCGGUGGCGGUGCUUAGUCCUGCGUUCCAGGAAGAGUUCUCCCACGUAAGACCGCCUGACAUGGAGAGUGCGCGGAGCAGCUGGGGGACUCCCAGUCCUGACUACUGUGGGGACCCCAGGGAGUCUGACAGUGACAGCAGCGAGCAGGAGGAGGACAAGAUGGAGGAACAAUUUGAUGGUGUGCUGAAGGAGGAAAUGAUUUCUGAAGGACUCUCUAUGUUUGGUCGUUCAGCUCUUGGAAGUGAGCAAGUUUAUCUACAUUUGAACCUAUCGGAUCGUAAAUUACACAAUAUCCAGAUUCUCUGUAGUUACAUCCACCUACAGAAGUUGGAUGUGUCCUGCAAUGACAUCACUGAUCUGUCUUGUGUCAGUUACAUGCCAUACUUGACUGAGCUAAAUGCUUCAAAGAAUAGGCUGAGCACGUUCUUCGACUUCAACCCCCCCAAGAAUCUGAUGGUAGUGGAUUUGUCGUUCAAUAAUAUAACCAGUAUGAAGGAUUUAUCAGCAUACAGAUCUCUGACAACACUGUUACUAAAUAAUAAUAACAUACAAGAAAUCAUAGGCUUGGAAAAAUGCACCAGUUUGAAACACGUCAGCUUGGCUCACAAUAAUAUCUAUACCAUCAGCGGGUUUGGUGACUUGCCCAUCAGAACCCUGAGCCUGGCUUCAAAUCAAAUUAAGAACAUCACUGGCUUGGAAAAUCUUGCCUCAUUACAAACGCUGGACCUCUCCUGUAACCAGAUCAGUAGUCUGGAAGGUCUGGAGGGGUUGGAAUUUCUGCAGACUCUCAACCUUCAGGAUAAUGAGAUUUAUCAGAUAAGCGAAAUUGCUUUCAUCGAAGACCUGCCAUUGCUACAUGUGCUAAAUCUCCUAAAAAAUCCAGUGCAGGAACAAGCGGAAUAUUGGCUGUCAGCGCUGUUUAUGCUGCCGAGAUUAACUGAACUGGAUCAGAAGAAGAUCCGAGUUGAGGAGAAGGUGGCAGCAGUGAAUAAGUAUGAUCCUCCUCCAGAGGUCAUUGCCGCCCGAGAUCAUAUGGCCAAUAUCAUGUACAGCAUUAUCCAACCACAGAAGGUCUUUGACAGUACAUUGCCCAAUCUAGACACCCCCUAUCCUAUGCUAGUUCUGACGGGGCCCCAGUCUUGUGGGAAGAGGGAACUGGCUCACAGAAUGUGCAGGGACUUCAAGGAGUUCUUCCGCUACGGGCCCUGCCAUACAACUCGAAAUCCGUACUUUGGAGAGGAAAAGCGGUUUGAUUACCAUUUUGUCACGCCAGAGAUAUUUGAGGAAAUGACUUGUUCUGGUGAGUUUCUCCUGACUAUGAAAUACAGUGGACACUACUAUGGUCUGAGCAGAGAGGCUGUGGAAUCAGUUGCAAGAGAAGGUCUUGCCUGCUGCACGCACCUGGAAAUAGAGGGCGUACGGAGCUUGAAAAAUUCUUAUUUUGAACCCCGCUGCAUAUUGCUCCUUCCAAUGAACAAGGAGAAGUAUGAAGGUUGGCUGAGGCGAAAGGGCUUGUUCACUAGACCUGAGAUAGAUGUUGCAGUUUCCAGAGUGGAUAUGUACAUGAAGAUACACCAGGAUCACCCUGGCUUCUUUGAUGCCAUUAUUAACACUGAUGACUUAGAUGACGCCUACAGCAAGUUAAGAUUGUUGGUUAAAGAAUACCUUGGUCUACUGGAGCCAGCACUGUCUAGUGAGAGUUCUAGCAGAACUAAGUCGGGAACUGACCACGGAAAGUCAAUCGCCGGAUCCUCACCAAAAGGACCAUAUAAGUCUUCACAAAACAAUGAAUUUCAGGAUUCUGCUGCAAGAAACUAUUCUGCUAAAAUCUUUGUAAAAGUAUCGCCACAGAAGACUCCUGCUGAAGAGGCUUCGGUACAAAGACGACAGCAAGCAGCACGACAGGCUUUGGCGGGGAAGACAUCAGGGACAUACACCCAGCUGUUUCAGAGAGGUCCUGUAACAGCUCCAGCAACCUUGGGGACCCACAGACGUCUUCUAGACCCUACAUCAUGUUCAUCUAUGCAGCCAAGUGGAAGUAAUGUCACAGCAGAACGUAGCUUCCCACCAGCUAGUCCUGAAACCAGUUCCAGAGAUUCAAGACCCAGCUCUGGGCUGUCCUUGCUGUCCUCUGCUGGUGCCUUCUCUGCAAGAAGAUCAUCCUCUCAGUCAACUCCUAUCAUUAAUAUUCAUUCACCUCAAGAAAAUAACAUGGAACCAUUGGAUUUGUCUGGUAUUGGACGAGAUCAAGACACUUUGUCAGGUGACCUGAAAUAUGCAGGAAAUACUCCAGAGACUCCACGCCUUCCAUCUUCAAGUCACUCGGAUGUCCGUGCUUCCAAGUCCAAAUCAUCAUCUUCCUCCUCACCCCGGAUCUAUACAAGCCGUUCAGGCUCCAAUACUAAACCGAUUCUACCUCCUAUUCCAUCAGGACGCAAGAAGUCAACAACUUAGAACUUGCUUUCAAAUAACAUUAUAGCAAUGUACACGACUUUCAGCAGUUUUAUUAUUUAUGAUGAUUAUAUUGUUUUUAUAUGUAUUGCUAAGGGUACUUUCACACUUGCAGAGGAUUCCGGCAGGCAGU